AUGAAACGCGCCUAUCCAAACGACGAACAUUCUGCUGCAAAGAGACCGAGGAGCUAUGGACACGAUGGCUACUCGGAUCAUCGGCCCCGAAAUCUACACUCUCAGCCUCGACACUCCAAGAACUCACAACUAAGCCAGCAGACGGCUCCGCUACCUGACUCCACCAAACAUCUGGAAUCACUGCUCAAGGCACUGGUCAAUCGUCGAGAUAGCUCAAGAGAGCUUCUUGGCCAUGAAGCGUACGAGAGUGCCGUCAAGUUAUCUAAAUCUUUCUCUUCGGUCAAUACAGCUACCGCUUCUUUGGACUUAUUCCAGCCUUCUACCGUCACAGGCGCCGAAGUGAGCUCUCACAACCCAGCCACGUCUUUCUCAUCCACGACCCAACAGUUCUCUCUGCCAACACUACCUCAAGUCCCCGAUGGUCCUUACUCGCGGGCACCUUUCGUCCACAAGUCCAGCAGUCAACACGAUCGCACUUCUGCAGUCGGCGACAUGACAUACGAACGCCUGGAGUUCCUGGGAGAUGCUUAUCUGGAGGUCAUUGCUACUCGCCUAAUCUUCUCACGCUAUCCUCAUCUUGCCGCUGGUCGUCAAGCACAGAUACGCGAGCGCCUGGUGAAGAAUGACACUUUGACCCAAUUCAGCAUGGCCUACAACUUCCAGAACCGUCUGAAGGCUGGAGAUGGCGAACGCGAGCUCGCAAAGGCCUCCGGAAAGAUCUUAGCCGAUGUUUUCGAAGCCUACAUCGCUGCUAUUAUCCUUUCUGAUCCUGUGGACGGGUUCAAGCGUGCAGAAUCUUGGCUCACAGAGCUCUGGGCACCCAUUCUGCUUAGAGAAUUUGGUCCGAUAAGCGCAGAAGGCGGAGCGACUUUCAACGAGUACAAUCAGAACGCAAAACAGGAACUCCAACAGAAGAUUGUCGGCAAGGACGUCAAGCUCGAAUAUCUCGAGAACAGGCCAAUGGAACAGACCAAGCACAUGCAGCGGUAUUUCAUCAGCUUAUUCCUCACGGGCUGGGGGUACGAGAAACAACUGCUUGGCUCUGGUGAGGGCCAAAACAAGGUCGAGGCAGGCAACCGCGCUGCUAUGGAUGCCAUGGCGAUAAGUAAGGACAUCAUUGAUGAAGCCGCUCGCAAACUAGGCGCUUUGCGUGAGCAGAGGAGGCUGGAAGCUGCUGCCAAAAAGCCCAACGCAGGUACAGAUUAG